UUGCCACAACUGAGACAGAUACAGUCAACCGCAGGUGUGCAAAUACAGUAGCACAUGUCCCCAGCACACCAGCCUUGUCUUUAAACGCGAUUUUAAUUUUGUGUGCACUGUAUUUUCACCAUGUUGUGGACGGCUGGUACGAUUAUCAGGAAAUUCUCCGUGAGCUCUACUUACUACCAAAAUAAGCUGAAGUUGGCCCUGAUUGGCCAGAGCUUGUUUGGACAGGAAGUAUAUACAAACCUCCGCAAGCAGGGCCAUAAAGUGGUGGGUGUAUUCACAGUUCCUGAUAAGGAUGGCAAGGCGGACCCCCUGGCUGUGGUGGCGGAGAAAGACGGGACGCCAGUGUUUAAGUUCCCACGGUGGCGGGUGAAGGGUCAGCCCAUCCCAGAGGUAGUGGAGGCGUACAAAGCCGUAGGUGCCGAACUGAACGUCAUGCCCUUCUGCUCCCAGUUCAUCCCCAUGAAUGUGAUCGACUUCCCCAAAUAUGGCUCCAUCAUUUACCACCCCUCCAUCCUACCCAAACACAGAGGAGCCUCUGCUAUCAACUGGACACUAAUCAAAGGUGAUAAGAAAGCAGGAUUUAGUAUAUUCUGGGCUGAUGAUGGAUUGGACACUGGUCCCAUCCUGUUGCAGAGGGAAUGCCCAGUUGAACCCAACGAUACUGUGGACACGCUCUACAACAGUUUCUUGUUUCCAGAGGGCAUUAAGGCCAUGGUAGAAGCUGUACACCUCAUUGCAGAAGGUAAAGCUCCCAAGAUCCCUCAGCCUGAAGAAGGAGCCAGUUAUGAGGGUAUCCAGAAGAAAUCCAAUGCUAAGGUGAAUAUGGCCCAGCCCGCUGAGGUCAUCCAUAACUGGAUCCGUGGUCAUGAUAAAGUUCCAGGUGCUUGGAUUGUCAUUGAUGGAAAGCCAGUAACACUGUACAGCUCAUCGAUGCUGGCUGGGUCAGUGCCCACGGGUCAGCCAGUAGAGGUGGAGGGGGCGUCUCAACCUGGACUAAUCACCAAAUCAGGACUUAUUCUGUUUGGAUCGGACGGAAAAGCGCUUCAAGUCAAGAACCUGCAGUUUGAGGAUGGGAAGAUGAUACCAGCAUCCAAAUACUUCUCAUCAGAGGAGACCACCAGUUUGGAUCUCACAAAUGAUGAGAAGAAGAUUGCCGAGGAGAUCAGGGCGAUCUGGAAAGGUAUUCUGAGUAAUGUGUCAGCGAUUGAAGACACAACAGAUUUCUUUAAGUCGGGAGCCGCAUCUAUGGAUGUGGUUAGAUUGGUGGAGGAGGUGAAGCAGAAAUGUGGAGGAGUUCAGCUUCAGAACGAAGACGUCUACAUGGCCACCACUUUCCAGAGUUUCAUCCAGAUGUUCAUUCGAUGCCUGCGUGGAGAAGACCAGGAAGAGGAACUGGUCAUUGAUUAUGUCACAAAAGAUGUCAAUAACAUGACUCUGAAGAUGCCCUAUCAGUGUUUCAUCAACGGCAUAUUUGAAGAUGCAGAAAAUGGAAAGACGUACAACACGGUUAACCCCACAGAUGGUUCGGUGAUCUGUAAGGUGUCAUAUGCUUCAGUGGCAGAUGUAGAUCGAGCAGUUAGUGCAGCCAAAGAGGCAUUUAACAAUGGACCUUGGGGAAAGAUGAACCCUCGUGACCGGGGCAGGCUGCUCUACCGUCUGGCUGACUUAAUGGAGGAACACCAGGAAGAGUUGGCCACUAUUGAGGCGAUUGACUCUGGUGCCGUUUAUACACUGGCUUUAAAAACCCACGUGGGCAUGUCCAUUCAGACCUUCAGAUACUUCGCCGGCUGGUGUGACAAGAUCCAGGGCUCGACGAUACCCAUCAACCAGGCAAGACCCAACCGCAACCUUACCUUUACCAAGAAAGAGCCUCUGGGUGUGUGUGCCAUAGUGAUUCCUUGGAAUUACCCAUUGAUGAUGUUGGCAUGGAAGAGUGCAGCCUGUCUGGCAGCUGGAAACACACUUGUCUUGAAACCUGCACAGGUAACCCCUCUGACUGCACUGAAGUUUGCAGAGCUGACAGUCAAAGCUGGCAUUCCGAAAGGAGUGAUCAACAUUGUACCAGGAUCAGGUGGCCUGGUCGGACAGAGGAUGUGUGAUCACCCUGAUAUUCGUAAACUGGGUUUCACAGGCUCUACUCCUAUCGGCAAGCAGAUCAUGAAAAGCUGUGCAGUCAGUAACUUGAAGAAGGUGUCUCUGGAGUUGGGUGGGAAAUCUCCCCUCAUUAUCUUCAGUGAUUGUGACAUGGACAAGGCAGUACGAAUGGGCAUGAGUUCUGUUUUCUUCAACAAAGGAGAGAACUGCAUCGCUGCUGGCAGGCUGUUUGUAGAAGAUUCCAUUCAUGAUGAGUACAUCAGUAGAGUGGUUGAGGAAAUCAAGAAGAUGAAGAUUGGAGAUCCUUUGGAUCGCUCCACAGAUCAUGGACCUCAGAACCACAAGGCCCACUUGGACAAGCUGGUGGAAUACUGCGAGAUCGGCGUGAAGGAAGGGGCAACGCUCGUCUAUGGUGGGAGACAGGUAGACAGAACUGGCUUUUUCAUGGAGCCCACAGUCUUCACAAAUGUAGAAGAUCAUAUGUUCAUUGCCAAAGAUGAAUCGUUUGGUCCUGUUAUGGUGGUAUCGAAAUUCAAGGAUGGUGAUGUAGAUGGAGUUUUAAGCAGAGCCAAUGACACAGAGUUCGGUCUGGCCUCUGGAGUUUUCACCCGUGACAUCAACAAAGCCAUGUACGUCAGUGAGAGACUGGAGGCAGGAACCGUGUUUGUCAACACCUACAACAAAACCGAUGUGGCAACACCAUUCGGAGGCUUCAAACAGUCAGGCUUUGGCAAAGACCUCGGUGAGGAAGCCCUUCAAGAGUACCUGCGGACUAAAGCAGUGACAGUGGAGUACUGAGAGAAGCGGCAGAACUACAGCAGCGAUCUGUUGUCUUGCUUUGGCUUUAGCUUGAAGCAGGUUUGAUUGGAAAAUGUCAUUUCCUGCCAUGACUACACUGAUGUGCCUACAUUUUUUAUCUCCCUUUAUCUGGAACUGCUUUAUGCUUAGAGGGGUGCAAAUACUGACUUGUCACCCUAAGCUGGCAAUUUAUCAUUUUUAUUUUCAUAAAAAAAAGGCAACCGAUCUCCAAGUGGACACAAAAUCUUGGUCAUCAGAUCAAGAGGCUGAAACACAAGUACUUCACUGAGUUAACUUGAGGUGCCAAAUUCACUAGUUUUCACAAAAAGAAGAAGAAACCCUGUAUUAGUAGCUGCUCUGGAUUAUUAUAAUGUGCACAUUGAGAGAAGCCGUUCAUAUCACUGCCACUUUAUGAAAUCCGUAUUACCAUAUUUGUACAUUUUAAAAGUUUUUAAUAUGCAUAGCGUUUCAACAUGACACAUUUUAAUUAGUAUAACUGUAUAUAUUUGAUAAGAGAAUGAGAUUAAUUGUCUUAUUUUUUCUAUUUAAUUUUGAAUUCCAGACAGAUGAUUUAAGAUGAUUGGAAAUGUUGAAAUGAAAUAAUAUAAACACACCAUUCUCUUAGCAAGGAAGUCAUUUAUAUUGUGCUUGAUGGGGCAAUAUGUAUUUAGUAACUUACACUCUUCAAUUCAGUACAAACACACUGUGAACAUGAUAAUGUGAGGAAUUAAUGGAAUCGUUCACUCUCAUCACUUACUCACCCUCAUGCCAUCCCAGAUGUUUAUGACUUCUUUCUUCUGCAGAACACAAAUUAAGAUUUUUAGAAGAAUAUUUCAGCUAUGAAGUAGGGCUGAAAUGAUUAGUCUACGUUACCGCAAAGUAUGAGGUAAUUAUAAUGCAAAAAUACAAAAUAAGUAAAUAUAGAAGCACUCUCAUUGUGUAACAGCUUCAUUAAAGUUAAAAUAAUACAGAAGCAGAUCUUGUAAAUAACUACAAACUCCAAAACUGCCAUUACUCUGUGCAGUCAGCGCCUCUUCUAUGAGUUGCGCAAAAUCGCAAAUGUCCCGAUCUAAGGGGGAGAGACUGAAACUGCACCCGGCUGAUGAGCUGGGACGCUCAUCCCUCGAGUGCGCGUGCUUAAUGCAGCUAGAUUAUAACGUGAUGGCUCGCGACUUAUUGAAUCAUAAUGUAUGUCACUGUGCAGUUCUUAUUGUGAAGAAAAUUGAAAAUAUGCAGCUUUAUUAAAUAAAAGAGUUUGUUUUUUGUGAGUUAAAGAUGGAUUGAAGUGAACAGAAAGGUGUGAGAGUGUAGUCUUUGCCCCAUUAUACACUGCAAAAAAAUACGUUUUUGUUUUGGGUUGUUUUCCAAUAUAAAAAUAUAAAACUCAUUUUAAACAACGUACAUUUUCUUUAGCAGCUAUACUGCAGACGAAAAAAUUUUUAUCUGAGAAUGUUGAAUAUAAUAUUAAAAAUACAAAUAUUUUACAGUAUCUAAAAAUCCUUUUAAAAAAGAUAAGAUAUUUAGACUUGCUUUUAGAGAAUAGAUCUUGAAUAUAAAUAUAUUUUGUCUUUACUGCACUCGCAGAAGAAUAACCAAGUGAAAAAAUACACAUGUAUACAAAAUACACUUUUAUUUAAAUACAUUCUCUUUAAGCAAGUCUAAAUAUCCUAUAUGUUGCUUAUAAAUUUACUUGAAAAUUGUUUUAAAGAUUUUUAGAUCAUUUUAAAUGGAAAACAAGACAAAAACACUUGAUAAUAGGAUUUUUGCAGUGAAUUUCUUUACUGAAUUAAACUUAAUAAAAAGUAUUUUUUUCCUUUAAUUCAGUGAAUGUCAUUUAUAGGUAUAUUUAAAAGGUGAUUUUGUCCUCUUUAUUGUUAGUAAGCACGUUUAAUACAACCUUUUAAGUCGGGGCCCAAGCUGAAUAAUUGGUACAUAAAGGCAGCAUAAAAGUAAUCCAUAAGACUCCACUGGUUAAAUCCACAUUUUCUGAAGUGAUAUGAUAGGUGUGGGCGAGAAGGCUUUUAAGCCCUUUAGUGUAAAUAUACACUUUCACAUUCUGGUGUGGAUGUGACUUUUACAUUCAGCCACCUACUUACUGGUACGGCUGGUCAAAGGUGGAGAUUUAUGGUAUAGAAAUAAAAAGGACUUAAAUAUUAAUCCGUUUCUCACUCAAACCAAUCAUAUCAGUUCUGAAGACAUGGAUUUAACCAGUGGAGUAUGAUUGAAUACUUCUUUGCUGCAUUUAUGUGAUUUUUGGAACUUCAAAGUUUUGGUUACCAUUCACUUGCAAUGUAUGAACCUACAGAUUUGAGAUAUUCUUCUAAAAAUCUUUGUUCUGCAGAAGAUAAAAAGCCAUGCAUGUGGGAUGGCAUGAGGGUGAGUAAAUGAAGUGAGAAUUUUCAUUUUUGGGUAAACUAUCCCCUUAAGUAUUUGUGACACAUUCUUGUUAACAUGAAUGAAAAUAUGUUGCCAAGUGUUUUCUGUAGGUUCAUGAUCACUUUAUGAUGUCGCUUUUGUUUAGCAUUAAGACUGGACAACAUGCAAAUGAUCUUGUGCAAAUGUUUCAGUAUUUCAGUUUUCUGUAUAUGCUAAAUACUGAAAGUGUUACUCUGCAAACAGUAAUUCUACACAACAGUAUUGAAACUUGUUCAACAAUGAACAAAAUCAAAACAAAAUUUUUACAAUAAAGAAUGAAAAUUACAAAAACUGUGUUUUUCUUUAUCAAAAGGCUGAAAAUAAGAAAUGUUUCAUUUUCUUAAUAAAAGUGUUCCUUCACUUAUAGAAUAAUUAAAGGCAGGAAAGAAAAAUGUGCAUAUUUUCAAUAUCCGCAACUGAGAUUGUUUUCUGCA